AUGAACUUCUUUACUGUCGUUUGCUUACUGAUCGCGUCAGUGCCUGUCAACAUUUUGGUAAAUGCUAAGUGUAGACCCAAAGCGUCAGGGGGCAAAGAUGCUGUGGACAAGCCAAACCAAACGCAGGAAAAUAAUCCGCGGAAUGAAAUAAGUCCGGUGCCUCAACACAAACCAAAGUGCAAGACUUCAAAAACUAAUAAAACUAGCGCGCAGGAGGCACAAGUUCCCGUAAGUAAAUCAGAUCAGACCGAUGGAAUAGAAGAGGAUGAGCAGACGAAGCAAGCAAAUGAUACAACACCGAGCUCCCUUAGCUUGGCAAUUGAAUUUAGUUAUCCCAAGGGGAAGGGGUUUUUGCCCGAUUCUAACUCACCCGGCCAGCCGGAUCUGUCGCGCCAAGAGACCGAGUUGGGCUACAACGGUUAUUUGUACGAUGUUUUUAAGAAGCGUUUAAACCAAGUAUUUCGUGAGCUUUACAACAACGUCAACACGCCACCCGUUACAGCAGCACCGCCACAAACCGAAUAUGAAAACGACAAGUCUCAGAAGCGUUCAGCCGUUAGCAAUUGUCUCUAUGAGGAGUUCAAGCGUCGUUUGGAUAAAUUUAACAACGAGUUUAUGGAGCCUGCGAAAGCCAUUAAACGCACGAGCGACAAGUUCAGCGGGGGCAACCGCUUGGUUGGCGGCAAGCGAUCCACCGUGCAAGAGAGUUUGUACGAGGAGUAUAAGAGACGGCUCGAUAAGCUCGGCAAUGAGCUUUGGCUGGACGGCGAGAAGGUAUUCGACCGCAGUGGGCGUGGCGCAGCGCCCGGCAUGUUGCCAUUCAUGCCCGCAAAGCAGCAAUUGAAACCGAAACGUAGUGCAACUGACACGCCUGCAGAGCAAGAUUUCUAUGGGGAAUAUAAGAAGAAGUUAGACCAAUUGACACGCGAGCUAUACCAGCAGAGCAAUGAACGCCUCUCUCGCACCUAUGAUCACCUCACCGAGCACGGUCUUAGCGCGCCCACAUUGCAGAGAUUAGUGGCAGCUGUGCAAUUGGAUGAUGCCAAAAGCGUGAAGGACGAGUCGCGUGAUAGAUCUGGCACUUUCGAAGGUUCAACUAUUCUGCUGAAAAUCGACAAGUCUAUUGACAAUUUCGAUAAGCUGCAAGACAAACGCAGCUUGGAUGCCACUGACGUAGAUGCGCGCAUUUUUGGCGCUGAUUCGUUAGAUUUUAUGACGGGCGUAGCAAGUGGAGUCGACGCGACGUCCGCUGCCUCUUAUCCGGCAGUGCUCACCAGAUCGCUUGAUGCGAAUUUGGGACUGCUUGGUAAUACCGGGUCGAAGAAUAUGCUUGCAAUGGUCGCCUCGAAAAUGAAUAUGACCACACUGGAGUUGGCCAAAAAGUUGGCGUCUUUGUCUAAUCCACUCGAGUAUGUGGCCAAAAAGGAUCCUCAACUGGGUGCGGAAAUGCAGAAAUUAAUCGAUAUCAGCGUAAGCAAAUUGAGCCAAAGUCCAUCGGGUAAAAAAUUACCAAGAAAUGAAGCAUCAUUAGUACCGGGCUUACCUUUAGUGGCGCCAGCUGCAACAGCAGUGCCGGCACCGCUAAUGCCACAGGAUGCCUUGUACGGUGCCAUUUCAGCACUUGCAGGGCGUCACACAUCCGUUACAGCAAAAGCUGCAACUGCAACUCCAACUACCGCUGCACCAACUACCGCGACACCAACGACUGUACACACACCGACUGAAGAACCAACUCGGAACAAGGCAACCCCCAAUUCGCAAUUACCUGUCAGCUGCACCGCGCAGUCGAACGAUGCCGAGGCGAAGCGUAUUGCCGGCGUUUUGGAUAAAGUGCUGAGCAAGCUGGAGCUCCUACAGGAAUGUAAAGCAAAUGCAGAGCCGGCAGAGCUCAACUGCGCACCGGAUGGCAUACCUUGUGAUGUUGUUGGCUCCUGGAAUUCGUACGAGAUGGGUCUGCGCUUCGACAUUGCGCUCAACAAGGCAGCAGACCGUCGUCUGGGCAUGGCUGAGAAGAACAACAAACUGCUGACAAUUGAAGUGAGCGAACGUGAACCGCCACAUGCGCAUCAUAUCAUCGAUACCGGCUGGAAGUUUAUGGGCAGUACUCUCAACCAGCAAGGCGGCCCAUUCUAUAUUUACUCGCAAAAUCGCGAACUCAGUAUUGUGUCUACUUUUAUUGGUUAUUGUCGAAUCUGUGGCGGUAUCGACACAAUUUUCGGCUCAUGGACGAUUAUGGGCCCCUCAAGGGAUUGCCAAGACGUGACAACAGCGCUUGAGAAUAGGCGUGACAUUUUCCGACGCUACAACAUGGAAAGCAAACGGAACAGACAUUUCAAGGAUAUUCUAUUUGAGAAAAGCAAAUAUUCCAAAUCGCAGUGCAACAAAAAUGGUUGAAUAAUUUUCGUACACUUCGUAUAUUUGAACUGCACUUAGAACUGUGUACAUAGAUCACAUAAUUUCUAGU